GGGAGAAACCUGUGGGAAGUCACGCUUUCUGUAGUGCUUUUUAUUUUUCUCUUGAGAUGAGAACGUUUUACGUAAAGAAAAUAAGCUUUUGACCGUUCUAGUCAAACUAGAAAGCUGGAUUCUAUAGUGAAAGAAAACAAGGUAUAGUAAUUAUCUUCCUGUUUUCUUUGUAGAACGAGCUGUAGAUGUGGGUCGUAAUUAGAGGCCACUUGCCACGGUACUGAUCAAGCAGUAUAGACAGACAUUAUUGGAGGCAAUAUAAUAUCAGUUUCAGUUCAGUUUCAGCCGUUGAAUGUCCGUUGGACGCGGGCCUUCUCCAUUGACUUCCAAUGGACCGCGUUUUUUGCGCUACACGGUGCCAGUCAAGUUUAGGUACUGUUUAAAAAACUCGCAAUCGUGUAUUAUCAAGUUUAAAAACCUUAUAAUAUACGACUGCGAUUUUUUUGAACGGCUUCAAAAUCUCUGAUAUAGAUCAACCCAUUCUUGCACUAAUAUUUAGAUUUGGGGUUACUGUGGUCUAAAAAAUUGAACCUAAAGUUUAGCCGUGUCUUUAUCACAUACAAAGACACUCAUUAAACAUUAAUUUCUUUUGUUUUUUCUUUAUGAAUUAUUAAUGAGAUUUUAAAGAAACUGUCUAAGUCGUCCCUCCAUCUCGUCCUCGGUCUUCCUCGAUUCGUGGUGUGUCCUAGUGGCGUUCAGAACGUAAUGCGGGUUGUCCAACAGUUGUCUGUUCUUCUCGCUGCAUUACCUAGUCUGCUACACAGCUGUUUUUAUUGUCGUCACGCAACGCUCCUCUCCACUCGUCACGCAAUGCUCCUCCCCAGCGUUACGUAACGGCACUAAAAACGGCUGUGAAGCAGACUAUACCUUACCAGCCUUCAAUAUGAAAAGUGCAGGGGAUGAUCGUAGUCUGGUUUAGGGUAUAAAUUUUCUACACAUUAGUUUCACCUAGUCUGUUCACGACAGAAACGACAAUAUGUCGUUUAAAAGCAGGAACUGAAUGCGAUGUUACUUUACAUUGCAUAUAAUAUGGUAUAGGGGACAGAAAUUAAUUACAGGACUCAACGUACGGCUUAAAGUCAUAUCUGACAUCGGGUAAAUUGAUAUCUUAGUUAAUUGGAGAAACGGGGGAGGGGGAAGGGGGUGUGAAGAAAGAGGCGUGCACCUCCCCAGUACCACGCUAGUCUCGCUUUGCUCGCCUAUUUUUUGCACCUAGUUGUUUGCUAUCCGCCUCUUUUUUUUUACCUAGUGGCCUGGUUGCAGGAUAAUAGUUCAAUCGUUUGCCUUUCGUAAUUAUUGAUUUUUGUAAAAAUGACGUUUUUUCAUUUCUAAUUCACAUUAGUAACCUGGGAUACAAGAUGGGCGUUGAAAUCAAGGAGCGAGAGACUUGGUCUUCAAAGUUGGAUUUCCUUCUCGCUUUGAUGGGUUUUUCCAUCGGUCUCGGUAACAUAUGGAGGUUUCCUUACCUUUGUUUUAAAAAUGGUGGAGGUAAGUGCAGAAUUAUGGCCAUAGGAUGAAUUUCGAAUUCGGUUAACUUACAAAAAAUAAAAUGAGGAGGAAAAGUAUUCUCUCGGUAGCCAUGUAGAAAAAAUAAAUAUUGAAAAAAUAUUUUAAUUGUGGUUUGAGGCCAUUCGAUAUAAAGGCUGCACUGGAGUUCCAACAAGAAGCUUAAAUGCUGAUUUCUGUAUUGGUUUCCACCAUUAAUGAAAAUCUGUUAGAAUUUUCAAGAAUAGAUAUAUAGUAAUGCAUACCCCUGACACGCCACCCUCCCACCCCUCUUUUUGCACUUAUUUCUUUUUCUGUCCACUACUGUCACCUCCUUGUUUUCUAUACUGUCUCUUUUGCCCCAUUGCGCAUCCACUGCUUACAUUACCCUACCGUCAUGUCACUAACUCAUCUAACACUAAUAAAAACCUUUUGCACAUUUACAGAAAAGAUAUAAAAUAUAGCGCAGCCCCUCCCCCACCCCCCCCCCCCUCUUUGCUAGAAGCUUACACCUUCGUUGUUUGGAACCCGGUAGCCAUCUAUUUUAAUACCUAAGAUCUAGGCCUGAAGAGAUCCCUCCGUCUACAGUGGAAACCCCACCGGAGCAGAAAUAUCGCGGCCGAUUCGUUCUGAAAAUCAUCUUGAUGAUGACGAUGAUGAUUAUCGUAAACAGAAGAGGCAAACUCGGUGUUCCAGAUGUAGAACUGUGCCUUACUAGUAUUCAAAGGGUCAAGAAUUGCGUGUGUUACUUGUGCAGAAUAUAAAUGAUCUACAGACGCAAAAAGAAUAUAUGACAUCAUCAUGUCCUAAAUAAGGUCAUGAUUCAUACAACUGAACAUAAAUAAUGACAUAAACUAUCUUAAAAUAACUCAAAACCUGUCAAGCAUUUAUACUAGUCUCAACGCCACGUCCGCCAGGUUGGUGUCUCAGAACUAUAGCACGGCGGCCAUGGGAGUGGAACUUUUCUCUCCUGUAAAAUCUUUCCUCUGUCUUAAUAAAUUUGCAUAGCUGUUUCCCACGUGAGUGAAAAGGCUCUUAUGGAGCGUGGGUUAAUUUAUGAUGCCUAUUCAUGAUGUGAUUGUCGCUAAUGUAAUCCUGGGCAAAUUAAUGAGUUAGCUGUGGAAAAAAAGAUUACUCUUUACGCGUGUCCUAUACUGCUGGUCCGUUUCUGGGUAUCGAAACUGAGACCUUCCAUGCUACAUUUCAGCGAUUCAAUGUUUGUGACAUCUAAUCUCAUUCUUGUGAGAGCCGCCACAUGACGAUUAAAGCCACUGGAUAACCUGGUUCUCCCGUAUAAUAUAUAGAUUUAGCCAGGGCUAAAAGAGAAGCUCUCUAUAAUUUUUAUAGUUUGUUCACACAAUAUAUAAAAUAGUUAAUGCUAAGCGGCGAAGGCAACGAGAACGGUAAAAAAACAAAAAAACAACAACAACAAUAGGUCUAAUUAGCAAAAAAGCAACUUUGCACGUGCAGCACACUUUUUUGUACAUUUCUUUGACGUUGUUUUGCACAACUACUACGUGAAACUUCCAGAAACAUCCCAGUUACACGUUUUAUGGAGCGAAUGUCGGACGUGUUCUUGUUCACUCUUUUUUCACUGUCGCUCAUUUUCACCCCAGUGGCCGCUAGCAUCCCGCCACUUCAAAAUUUCAUGUUGUUCCUCCAACAGAAAACGUCUCCUUUUGUUUUUUCUCUCUCGCUCUAGCUCCUUUUCUCGUUAAGCUUUGCUGGCCUGUCGACCUAUUUUCUCUUUUUCUCUGUGUUUCCCUUUCUCUAUAUUCCAAAUUUGUUGACAAGACAAUUAAUUUAAGCUUAAUAUAUACUCAAAAAAAAAACAACAAAAAAACAAAAAAAAACCCACUGAUACAGAAACAUUUUCCGCUUUCCGUUCUUGUCUUUAUUGACUCCUUAGGGACGGUCCAUUAGAGAAGUUAUUGGGGGGAGUGGAGGGAUGAGGGGAAUUUUCGAGCCGCAGGAAUUUUUUUUCGUUAUCAAAUUCCUGGUAUGAAUUUUUUUUUGGGCCAUAGCAUGAAUAUUUUUUAGGAUUAAUUGGCGUGCAAGAAUUUUUUUCAUUUAAUUUUUCCUUGCACGAAUUUUUUUUUCUUCGCUCCCCCCCCCACCCGAUAAGUUUUCUAAUGGUCCGUCCCUUAGUUAUGUCUGCUUCACGAGACGCGGGUGGCCAUACGCUUUUCGCAAAAAUAAUCUGACAUUUGGCAUCGGCUUACAUGUAGUGGGUGUACGGACGUUCGUUCGCACGCUACCCCAUAACCACAUUUUCUCGGAUGGAUAGUUUACCAAAUUUUCUUACCCAUGGUGCUCCGCUUGCGCGCUUCGCGCGAGAGCUCCGCAAUAAGGCACUCUAUAUGCUCCAGGGAUACUCUCAAGGCCUUAUACGCAAAAUUGUUUUAGCCAUGCCUUAUGCAUCAUGAAGUAUGGGGUGGCUUUUAUGCGAAAGGAAAUUAGUUACUCUACUAACCUGUGGGUAACUUCAUAUUUGCAGGUUGUUUCCUCAUUCCCUACUUGCUUUGUUUGAUUGUGGCUGGUGUACCCGUUUUAGUAAUGGAGAUUGGUCUGGGGCAAUACACGAGUCAAGGUGGAAUCACGGCUUGGAAAAUUUGUCCACUUUUCCAAGGUAAGAACAAUUCAACCGUAACCUCUUGAGUAGAGACGUUUGCUGGACAACUGAGAAACGUCUUGUGUUCGCGGAUAUUUUGCACAUAAUAAAAAAAAAACCCUAGCCGGGCAUACUUCUCAGGAAUAACCUAUCUAAAAUAUUUAAUUUGAAUAUGAAUAGCCCACUUUUGACAUAUUAAAAUUCUAACAUGCCUCUGAGGCUUUAGGGUCAAAAUUGCAAAUUUUUCACGACUCCAUUGUCUCGCAAUUCCCAGAACAGAUUUGAGCACAAAGAAAACCAGCCAAAUAUAGAAAUAUGACCAGAAAGCGCCGGAGUCAUGUUAGAAUAGUCCUCAAUCACGAUACCCUUCAUCUUUGCACGCGCUUUAGGAUUGAUGAUAUAAAAGCAAUGUCACGUGGUAUUUCAGGGAGCAAACAAGUGUUAAAAUUUGCCGAUACGAGUAAUCGAGGUCAAGUUUGGUUAUCCUUUCAAAACGAUAAGGCAAUUUUAAAUUUGCAAAAUGUACCGUUCAAGUACCGAAAAGUUUCAUGUCAUUAUUGCUUGCUGUGAGGGCAUCUACGGUCGCCACUGCAUUGAAAAAAUAACAACGAUCACUUCUACCCAUAAUUUGCCAUAAUUGUCUUUAAGAUAAAAAUAUAUUUAUAACACAACCGCGAUUUCUUGUAUUGGCAGGUUUUAUCUCUCGUUUGCCCCCUGAAAAACCACGUGACAUUGCUUUUAACUCAUCAGCCCUUACGCGCGUGCAAAGAUGGCGGGCAUCGUGAAUAAGGUCUAUUUUAAUAUAUCGAACGUGGUUUAUUAACCGACCCUUAAUAGACCAUUUAAGAUAUAUUAUAAUUCAUACUUGGCUACAAGACUAAGGGGAGUAAAACAAAAGAAACCGUCUCGACGCUCAGCAAUGAAUAAUGCAUUUCCUUUGUCUUAUUCCUCCAAGUCUUGAAGCCAAGUUUGAAUUUUACGGUAUCGAAAAAAGACCUAUUACCGUGAUCAGGUAAUUUCAAGUACUUGGGGUGCAAGGUUGUCCUUGAGCUUUGCUGCGGAAGGAGCAAAUUGACCAGACCUCGAAAAAAAUAAUUCACCGGUGAGGGUGCUUAAAACAUUAAUGACUCGCGUCAAAGUUCGGCGCAUAUAUUUUUUAUAUCAUUCUGAUGAGCACAGUAGUUUACUAUGUGCCCUACAUGGUCAUGGUUUGGGAGGACAUGGAUGGACAACACUGUAAACAUGAACAAUUUAAUACUUAUGAUAAACAGGGAUGCCCAGAAAAUUAUAUUAGACCGUUCUCUCCAUUCAUCCGCUACCAAUGAGCCUGAGGUUUGGAUUGGUUUUCCCUCGACGCACGCUUUUGCGCUUUACCACCAUAACCUCUGAUAUAUGUUUUGAAUUGCGUCAAUGAGAUACCAACCCACAGGCUGGAUUUAUCGGGUGAAAAAGAUGACCAUCACUAAAAAGCAUGACAAAGAGAUGACCUGAGAUCGUCCCGUGCAAAGAGAACAUUAUCAUUCUUUCUAAAAGAAUUAAUAAUAUUUGUAUCUAAAAAAAUCGCAUUGCGACUUUAAACGGAGCUCUAUGGGUAAGAAAGUUUGGUUAUCUAUACAUCCAAGAAAUUUGGUGCUGACCUAAAUCAUUGCGUACUUACGUCCGUGCGUCCACCCCCGUAUAGAGUCCAAGACAUAUACUAUCAGGUAUUUGGUAAUACUUGGUAAUAAACAUCCAUGUCAUGGUCAAUUGACAGUUGUCAAGAAAGGUAUCUGCUGACCAGUGUGACGUGACUAUAUCGCGGGCUCUGGUAUGUAACACAUUGAGGUGACUUUUUAAAAAUUUAUUCUCUGACCAGUUUUUGGUUUUCACUUGAUCGCGGAGUCAGGUCCAUAUUUUAAAGGUGGAAUUCAGUAUGCUUUCUGCUUACGGCAAAAGAUGCAUUAUUAAAGAAAGAGAUUUCUUCAAGUUCCCUCGAGAGCCUCGCUUUUGGCCUUUGCUAAAUCUAUAUAUCAUACAGAUUUGUAUGUAGUACAAUCAGUUCUUAAGAUUUGGAAGCUAUUUAGCUUUUUGAAUAUGCUUUUGGUUUAUCACUAUUUGCUUUUUAUCGUUUGAUUUUUGAAAAGAUAGAAAAUAGCGCCAAGAGGGCUAAAUUUCGGUAAAUUUGGAAUCGUGUCAUAUUGAUUUAGAAAGCCCCUUUCAAGUUAUGUUACUAAGGUUUUAUUUUUAUACCAGGAAUUGGCUAUGCCGGUGUGCUUGUAAUGCAGUAUAUCAACAUUUACUACACGGUGAUUCUUGGCUGGGCUUUGUUUUACAUGUUUGCUUCAUUCCAGUGGACUCUUCCAUGGUCUCGAUGUGGUAAUGAGUGGAACACGCCAAACUGUGUGGAUUACAAUAGUAAAGGAGAAAGUCAACAAGAUUCGCAAGUAAAUGACACCAUUAGGAACCUCACGACCAUUCUUGCCAAAAGAACAGUAGCAAAUGGCUCAAAAACUAUACCAGCAAGCCAGGAAUAUUGGGAGUAAGCAGAAUUACAGUUUGUAGUUAAGACGUCGCAUUGUUGGGACUCAAGCGUUUGAUUCUCGACAGAUCUUUUAUAAGUCCCUGUCACCUUCCUGAUGUUGUUUUGAGCACUUCUGACUAGCCAGCAGAACAAGAUUAGAGCGUGAGGCACGCGCUACAAGGGAAGGCGCCUCCCUUCUUCGAGCGUGUCUUUUCAUUUUAAAUCCACUUCUCGCUUGCCUUCACUCUAGUGAAAAAUGUGAAGAACCAACGCCUGCUCCGCCGGCUAACUUCUGACGGACGUUCGCGCACCAGCAAUCCUGUUAUAACUUGGACAACGGCAGUUAGCAUGAACUCAGUCAUGUGUUUUACCUGACCCGAACAGAUAUGAUUCAGGUUUAUCCCCGACAAGUCGAUUUCCUGAUUCCUUUCUUUCUUUUCGAGACAGCAAAAGUUGCGUCUAAAACUGCUAUAAUAUUUUUUCUUUCUCUUAGGAACAGGGUGUUACGCAUCUCUAAUGGUUUGGGCGAACCGGGACCAGUGAACUGGGAUCUAGCCUUGUGCCUGUUGUUGGCCUGGAUUAUCUGCUAUCUAUGUGUGUGUAAAGGAGUCAAAUCAAGUGGAAAGGUGAGAAGUCACAAGGCUGUAAACUUGCCUUUCUGAAGAUAUUGUGGGUGGCAGGCGUUUAAAAGGGAAGGAGAUAUGGGAAUUCGGGUGCGCAAAGGGGCGGAAAAAGGGAAUCUGUACAAAAAACGGAGAAAGCAAUAGCGUCACUGCAGGAGUUCCUUUAUCCUCUGCCUCGCUUGCCCGAAUUUCCCCAUUUCUUCCCCUUUUAACGCCUGCCACGCAUGGUACGCUACCCGCCUGUCACGCAUGCUACCCUAAAAGGAUGGACCUUUCAGGUUCAUCCGUCUGGAGGAUGUUCAAUGUUCAGCCCUCUCGGCGGAUGAUGUUAUCCACCUCGGCCUUCAGCCUCGGUGGAUAACAUCCUCCUCGAUCUGCCCAAUUAUUCACAUCCUACUCAGCCUCAUUCAAUAAUUGCUAAUUAUCUUAGCGCCCACACGUUAAAGGCUCAAUAUACCAUAUACUUUUCAAAAGUCUUUAUAUACCGAGUUCGAAGAUGUCUUUAAGAUAAGAUAAAGAGGAGUUUUAACAAUCUACAAGGGGACGGAAAACUACUUAUUCGGCGGAAAUAUUUUUUGAACAGACGUAAGACUCAUGCAAAUUAUACACGCCAUAGCGCAUGCUGAUGGCACCACCACGUCACUCCCUCAAAAGCUAGGCAGUUAAAGUAAACAAUUGAAAAGUGAAUUUUAUGUCUCGACCAGAUCUCGCCUUCGGCCUCGUCGACAAGAAAUCAGGUACGAGAUUAUAUUCUCUGCUCUGGGACAGAAGUCAAAAUAGCGUCUUAUUUCGCGAAAGUUCUGGAAGACGCAAUUUAAGUGAUAAAUGUACAAAAAAGAUAUCAUGAAAGCGACUAAAUUUGGCUUGUCAGUGUUUACUGGUAAAAAUCAUUUUCUUACUGAAUUUGCAGCACUAUCCAAAAAUUCACUUGACAAAUGUCCGAAAUAUUUGUAGACAAAACACUUUUUCGAUCGUUCUAACGGAAAAUUUCCGGGAGCAACGGACAUCUGAAAAGGUAGUCCUGUUUUUCCGGACGGAAUAUUCCAAACAGAAAUUCGGUUUCCAUUUCUUCAAAGCCAUCUUUGAUACCAGCUUCAGGCCUUCGCGGUCGUUUUCCGGUAGAUGGAACUGAUUCGUACAAGUGGUAAACACGAUUCUGGGGCGAAAUUUACCAGUCCUGAAUUUUGCGUACCAUUUGCCCAAACCGUGGACUGACCGGUUUGCCCAUGGAAAUGGUAAACAACCUAAGAUUCACGUUUACGCCAAACGGCAAACGUGAAUUUGUACCACGUGACCAAGUUUUCCCUUAAUUGUCGUUCACUCUUUAUUACUUCUACACAAAAAUAAGUAGUUUCAUACCAGUUUUAUCCAUAAUAAUUGUUCUGGAACAGCUUUUAUCUGCUUAUUUUCUAUUCUGAGAAAUUCUCAACUUGAAUCUGACGUUUGCCGUUUGCCGUAAACGUGACUCUUAAACUUUCUAUUAACACAAGUCUCUCCCCUCGGGUCGUUGCAUAGUGCUAGAUAUAAACCACUAUUCACUUCUCCCUAGGGGUAUGGUCGCAUCUUAUUGGCUGCACCUAUGUAACUGUCUAGGUGACUUACUGCAGUGCAAUCUUAAAGCUCUGUUAUAAGCUGAACUUUUUAUCUUCUCUCCUUUUCGUUGUCAACAACAACAACAAUCCAUUUUAUUUGCCAACUUUAAAAACGUUUACAAAAAACAAAAUAUAUUAAAACAGAUCAGGCAACAAACUACCCAGAAUGGUAAAAAAAAUAAACGAGCUGAGUAGUUACAAUAAUUAAAUAACAUACUUUAGGGUUGUGACACACGAAAGAUAAAGAGGAAAAUAACUUAACUAUAGGAGAGAAAAAAAUGAUAAUAGUAAUGAAAAGAAAAAAAAAUUGAUUAAUUAAUACAAAUAAUAUUAUAGAACAACACAAAGCAAAACGGUACCAGAUAACUAUAAAGCUUACAUUAAUAAGGGUAAGUUAUACCAUGCUAGCCAGCAUCACGAGUAAGUUCCAGAAAAAAGAUUUGCCUGCAUGUUCUCCUUAAUUAGACAAGAAAAUUGUUUUCUGAACGCGCUCUGUUUUCCAGGUUGUGUACUUCACUGCAACAGCUCCAUAUAUUUUAAUGACCAUCAUCUUGAUCCAAAGCGUUACCCUGCCAGGAGCUGGUGAGGGAAUAAAGUUUUAUCUCACGCCUGACCUUUCAAGGCUUAAGGAUGGCCAGGUAGCUACUUUCAUUUUCUUUAUUUCCAAGCGAUUGAAUGGGCAUUUUCAACCAACGAAACUAGUAAGAAAGAAUUGAGUGUCUGACAGUUUGACUUUGUGCCUGCCGCAUUGUCAAAGAAUUCAAUAAAUUACGGAAUUAAGCACGGUAAUUUUUAAUUCGUCAUCCACAAGACCUUGAGGAAAAAGACACGUUAUAACAUGAAAAUUUUCGAGGACACCUCUUGUGGUCUCGAUGGCACAUAACAGUACAUGAAGUCGCUAUCUUUCACAAGACGGUGCUGAAAUACAAAAACCUCUGUGAAGUGUGGCAGACAUUUCGCUCUGAUCUGUCCCUUGAAUUUGUGCUUAGAGGAAUGACCAAGAGAAUGCUGCUUGUUUCCCUUCUCUUUUUUCGUUCUAUCUGUUAAUCUUAACCUUUUGUAUUGACUUUUGGUUAAGGUUUUCUCUCAAUAUUUUUCCCCAAAGCGCGACUUGUUUUGAGAUUGAAGAAUAUAUUCCUCUUGUAACGUUGAUUGUAGCAGUAAAAUAAAGUUUCAUACCUUGUCAGGUUUGGAUCGACGCUGGUACUCAAGUUUUUUUCUCGUAUUCCAUUGGAACGGGAACCAUGACUGCAUUAGGAAGCUACAACAAGUUCAAGAACAACUUCUACAGGUACACGAGUACUUCGUCACCAUUAACAACCUAUUCUGCUUCGUUUUCAGUUCCUCGCGAUCGUAAGUAUUUGGAUGUCACUUUUAAUAAUAAUAAUAAUAAUAAUAAUAAUAAUAAUAAUAAAAUUAACGGUAAAAAAGUAAAAAGUAUUUCAGACGACUUCAGGUCAUCAAUGUCAAAUGCAAAAAAAAAAGUUAAAGUACGUAUCACUCCAAAUAUGUUCAUAAAUUGAAUAAAAGUGGAAAACUUAUAAUAAACUAUACCGCAGAUUAUUUUCGACUUUUAUAAGUCUCUUUUUUUUUCUGCAGAUUCUUAAAUAUUUUUCCUUGAUAGUUUAGGCUGUGAAAUUUUGGGCUGGUUGCGAGUGAAGUAUUUUGAGGCAUUGGUUUUCUCGAUAUGCCUAUAGCACGCAUGUCAGAGUUCGAUUUCACGUUUUGUAGAAGACGUAAACACAAGGCAAUGAUCUUCUAAUUCUUUUUUUUUCAACCUAGGUCAAAUCCUUUUAGUUUUCAACUUCAUAAAAAUCAACAUUUGACAAAUACGACAGCCUUCGAUUGUGCAUCAAAAGAGUAUAGCGAGGAAAAACGAGAUCUAGAACAAUUUGCUGAUUAAUCACAUAUUUAUCUCAGAAGCACGGUUUUAGUAGGGUAUUAGCACCAUUCUCACCUUCUUCUCUUUGCCCUUGAUUUGCGGCGGGGCAGAGCUAAAACAAUAUCUCAAAAGACGUUAUUGUUUCACCCGACCCAGGAAAAUAUCUACACGCUGUUCUAAGGCCCGUUUCAAACGUCGUCAAGACUUCUAACCAAAAGCUGCUCAUAUAGGCAAAGAAACAAUUUCUGCUUUCCGUUUUCGUCUUUAUCAGGGAGCUUAAGCAACUACGACGACGAUCACAUCGACGACUAAAAAAAAAAACAAUAGGUUUAAUGAUCAAAACAACAGCUCUGCACGUGCAUCACGCUUCUUAGUACAUUUAUUUGACGUCCACUGCACGACUACGACGUGAAACCUCCUAAUUUGACGUUUUAAAUACAUUUACAUUUAUUUGACGUCCACUGCACGACUACGACGUGAAACCUCCUAAUUUGACGUUUUAUUGAGGACGUGGACAUACAACGACGAAUUUUCCUUCCUCCUUUUGAACCUGAAUGAAAUCCUUAAGAAUUCAACUCCGGGAAAAGUCGUCUGUUUUUGACAUAUUGAGCGGGUCCAAAUAGACGCGAUUAAGUUUGAAAGAACGCAAAUUCAUUUUUUUAUGGUCGUUUUCACUGUCGUUGUCGUUGUCCUCACUUAAGGUCCCUGUUGAUUCUUUAGAUGUCUCUGCUUCACAAGACGCGGGUGGCUAUGCAAUUUCCCGCCAAAAUAACCUCGAGUUGCAAAUGGGUUGCCGCACCUGUUGAUUAAGUUAUUUUACAUUGGUGUGCCUAUGGCGCGGACGGACGGGCGGGCGUCAGUCACUUGAUUACCAAAAUUUCUCGGAUGGGUAGAUUACCACAUUUUCUUAGGCAUGUGGCUACGCUCGCGCGCGCUUGCUCUUGCGCGUGGAACUUCAUUAAAACUUGUAGCGUUAUAAGGCUUAGAGGCAAAUGAUUAUGCAUUAGCUCACCGCUCACUAAACUUUUGACUCGCUAAGGACUCUGUUUUCCUGAAUUUUAUUUAGGGAUUCCAUACUAUUCACUGUUUUCAACAGUGGAACAAGUCUCUACGGAGGCUUUCUGAUCUUCUCUGUGUUGGGGUUUAUGGCCAAGAGACAAGGCGUAGAUGUACAAGAUGUUGCUCAAUCAGGUGAGAAUUAGGAAAAUAUGCCAACAACAACAACAAUAAGCUUUAUUUGCAUGACCAUAACAAAGUAUUACAGUAUUGCAAAAGCUACUUGAAAUUACUUAUUUAUUCCUUGUAAAUUAAAUAUUUAAAAUAAUUUGAAACUUAUCAAUCAUUGUUUAUUUCUAACCAUCAGUAGGAUUAAUUAUUCCGGAGAUAAGUUUGUCUCUUUAUUACAUCCACUUUGAAAUCACUGGCUAUCCGUGCAAUCUGAUUGGCUCUCAGCAGUGUGAUUUAUUCCUAAAUCGCACCAUUUUUUGCGCUAAAUCGCAUCUGUUCCAAAUCGCGUCAUUCAUGUUCUAAAUCGCAUCAUUUCUGUUUUAAAUCGCACCAUUUUUGUUCUAUAUAUUGCAUCAUUUCUGUUUCGAAUACAAAAUGAGAUGUAAAAGCCUUUUUGUUUCGGCUUUUUAACAAACCGGCUACUCGAUCAAUAAAAUAUUAGUAGUGACUAAAUUCUGCGAUUUCAAAAUGGAUGUAAUAAAGUGGUAAUUGAACUUCGUGUCGUGCAAUUUUGGUCUGAAAUCAUACUUGUGAUUUCAAAUCAAACUCGCACUGCGCGCUCGUUCGAUUUUGAAAUCACGCGUAUGAUUUCAGACCAAAUUGCACUCCACUUAGUUCAAUUACCAUUAUCAAUUCAAAGUAAGUUGAUAUAAAUGAAAUUAAUUGGAUGUUAAUAAAAUAGUCAGGAGAAUUCAUCAGAUGUGAUAAUAAGGACUCAUGUGAUUGUAGUCGCAGAAACGGUAUUUUAGGAUCUAGUUUAGAGAAGAACAUAUCUCUUAUGGAAGAAAAACUUGGACAAUCUAAUAAAAAGUGAGUUUCAUCUUCAAUUCUGUUACAAUUGCAGAGAUUACAUAACCUUUCGUCACGUGGUAGAUUGUCGUAUCUACCUGUCUCAAUCCUAAGUUUGUGACUGCUUAUUCUCAGUUUCACUAAUGUUUUCCUAGAAGGGUUCUUUCUUGUUAAAUCUAGGUAGACAGAAGGGCUAUAAUUCGUUUUGAUUUUAUAAUAAAAGUUAAGUUUUUGUGAAUGUUGAAGGGUAUGAUUCCAGUAAGUGAUAUAUUUCUUUUGCAUAAGAUCUACAUAUUGCUUAAUUUUACAUUUAUUCAGUAAAUUACAAUUAAAGCCUGGGAAAUCAUAGUAGUCAGUCAUCUUCUUAAGACUGGAGUAAAAACUAUUUUGACCACUAUGAUAAAGGUCAACAGAUAUUUUUAAAGAUUGUUUAACUAUAGAAUUUUCAUCUUUUUCUUGGAGAUAGUUUAAGUAAUUAAGUAUCUUGUUAUUUAUAUCAAUGAUCAGAGGGAAUCUGCCAAGUUCAGAUCUGCAUGCAACAUUGGAUGACUUGUUAUGGACUUCUAAAUAUCGUUUACAGAAGUGCAAAUGAGUUUUUUCGAUUCCGGAGUUAUCCCAUGACUUAAAAUCUGAUUUCACAAAGGCACCCCAAACUUCACUGUUGUAAGUUAAAAUCGGUGAGACCAUUGUGUCAAAAAUUUUAUUUGCAAGGGAAGGUUUCAGUUUACUAAAAUCAGUGUGGCGUCUUAGACUAAAUAGAGCAUGAAGGGCUUUUUGCCGAAGAUGUUCAAGUGAGAGUGUAAAAUUUCCGGGAGACGAGAUGCGAGUCCCUAAGUAAGUAUAGUCUUUUACAAUGUCUAUCAUUUCAUUUCCUACGUGAAAAACAUAAUCACAUUUUUUUGCGCCUUUUUGGAAAACCAUUAUUUUGGUUUUCUUGGGGUUGAUUUUAAGCAUCCAGGAGUUGCAAUAUGAAGACAAUUUGACAAUUCGCCGAUGCCUUGGCUAACUAAGUUUUAACUCGUUUAAAAAUCGGCUCCACAUAUAGCCGCCUUGAGACCAAGGCUGAGUUCACAAUGUUCUGGAUAGCUGUUCGUGCCGACCCUGUAUAGUAUGAACACCUAUCCGAUAUGUGACUCUCCAUUUUAGAGAUGGGCGCGGCCCAGCUUCUCUUCGUAGCAGAAAUCGCGCCGAAAUCAUCGCUCUUAUGUGUAAACAGAAGCCCUAUCCGGUGUGGUAUUCCUGUGGCUGCAAAAGCUAUUUCGUAUAGUGUAUAUAAACAUAGCCCAAAUGUGUUAACUUUCUUUCUCUCUGCAGGCCCUGGCCUUGCUUUUAUAGUUUAUCCUGAAGCAGUUGCCCAGAUGCCAUUAGCUCCACUGUGGUCCGUGUUGUUUUUCUUUAUGUUGCUUUUGCUUGGUCUGGAUAGCGAGGUAAACGAAUGUGAACUAUUUGUUAAGCACGUUACACAUGUAUAUCUUUGUGUUUAAAAUAGGAAAUUUAUGCCUUUUCCUAACCAUUAUUGUCAGUUCUAAUAAUUAUCUAGUUAUUUUUGGUUCAGGGCAAAAUGAUGUGUUUAUUAAAUUGAUACCCCCAGGGGUUGUAUGGGUACUCACGUGAUGUACUACAUUAUACAACGAGGGAUACUUUCUGUGAAACGUACACAAAAUAUUGAAUCUUUGAAUCACGUAAUUGCUGAGUGAUCCUAAUGUAGUUUUAAAGUGCAGUAAGACGCAGAUCCAAGCUAGCAAAAAGCCGUUUUAGCUGUUUGUGACUGCUUGAAAAAAUUAAAUCUGGCCGGUGAAAAAUUACUUCCACUGUAACAGGUCUUUCGUCCCAUACAACUUCAAGGUCACUUGACCCCCCUAAGUUACCAUAGUGACACUGCUACCAUACAUUUUUGCCAUCUGCACAAGGGGGGUUGUCAGAAAAUCAUUGGUAGUAUUUGCCACCUUGAUCAGGUGGUGACGAUCUGCCAUUCUUCAGCGCUUGGCUCAUGGGCUAAUAUUACGGACCUGAUCGCGCAAACCAUCUCUGAGGAAAUCGCAAUUUUUUUGGCCUUCGAACGGAACUCAAAAGGUACUUGACCUAAGUUGAAAUGUGAUAAGGACGUCUGUGGAAAUCAAUCCCGAUACAAUGAAUCCCUUUAUCUGAACGCAGAGCCCAGUGUCAAGAUUAGUUCUCAACCUCUUCUGCUACAGAGAGAUGUAAUAGGGAGCUUGAGCAACAACGACAGCGAGGGCAACGAGGACGGGAAAAAAGCAAUAGGUUUAGAUAAGCAAAACGGCAACUUUGCACGUGCAUCACGAUUUUUUGCACAUUUCUUUGCCGUCACUGCACGACUACAACGGGAAAGCACCUCAAUUCGCGUUUUGUAGAGGACGCCGAGUACAAGACAACUUUCUUUUUCUUUUCCUAAAACUUGAUACAGUCUUUUGACGAAUUAAACGAGAUGGAAUAAGCGCGAUAAAGUUUGAGGCAACGCGAAUUCACUUUUUAAGUGACGUUUUCGUAGACGUCGCUGUCGUUGUUGCUUAAGCCUCCGAAUAUCCCAAAGCCAAAAUGUACCCUCGUUAUAAUCACAUAUUUCAAGUGCCUUGCCGUUUUCAGUUUAUCUGGGUUCUCCAAUGUACGUUCUGGUGCCUGUUUUGACUAAAACUGACAAAAGAGAUUUUUCGUUAAUGAAAAAAGUUUUGUUUUGUUUUUACCACAGCUGUUGAAUAAACGGUAUUCUGAUCGUUAGAUGGGUUGAACUCGCAAGGGCCCGCUCUUCGGGGAAGUAAGAAUGAAGGAAAUUGGAGCGUCUGAAAAUACCGCAAGGUUAAACCAUGUCCACCAUGUUGCCGUAUGAUUAUGUCGAUUAUCAGUGGACUAAACAAGGCCGUUUUUUAUUUUUGAUGGUGACUUUACAUCGAUGAGCGGUAAAAAUACUCAUAAAAGUCUACUUUGUUCAGUUUGUAGGAAUAGAAGGUGUGGUGACGGCCAUUGUUGACUUGUUUCCUCAUUACUUCAGACGCGGUUACCGCAAGGAACUCUUCACAGCUUUUGUAUGCAUAAUCUGGUUCGUGAUUGGACUCUCCAUGGUUACUGAGGUAACACCUCAACUUGUUUCUCUCUGGUUCCUUCUAAGGAAAUUUGCCUUCUUUUACGCUUUCUUGUCGCGUUCGUCAGAACGCAUCCCAAUCUUGGUGUUCCUGUGGUUCAAAGCCAUAAAUUUUCGAGGUAUAGUGGACGACUGCCGAUUAGCCGCCCCCACUGAUUUUAUCAGGGGCAUCUUGGCCUGGAAACUGGACUCCUUUCGACUCGAUUUCUUUUCUGUUAUUGACAAACGCGGAUCCGUAAUCAAUGAUCAUCUCUAGUUAAAAGAAUACGUUAUCACAAAUCAAUGAUUGAAAAUAGCAAAAAAUUAUCAAACCGCAAAGACUUCUUUCCGGCUCAAAUAAAAUUUAAGAUGAAACUCAAUUUUCGUUGGUCUAAAUAAUCAGCUCCUAAAGAUACUGCAAAGAAAACUGCCUUCAGUUUCAUGUAAAUGUUACAAAUAUAAUGUUAGACACUUGGUUUUAUUAGAGUGAUUUUACUUAACCCGUUAAACAGAGAAUAACAAAGAAGGCAAAGUAGCUACACGUAAACAAAAGAAGACAAUUGAAUUAGUGCAUAAAAACGCGUAGUAUUAUACUACCCAUUUCACGGGUCAAUUAAAAUCACUCUAUCUUGCAACUUACUUCCAUAAAAGGAUCAUGUAAUAUUCUGUUACAAAACAUACAAUGAAUCAUAGCCUUCUGCUGAUGCUUGUUUUCGAGAAAUGUUACUGACUUGGUGUAAACAUACAAUGGGGAAGUUGUAUAAAAAAAUUGUAAUAUUGGACUGUAGUUUGUGCUGUGCUCUUUGAAUAUUACUUGGACACAUUUUUUUAACUCUUUUAGAAAAUGAUAACCGCAUGUUAAUUGGGUGCAAACAGCCUUUCCAGGCCUAUUAAAGCACGGGGUUCACGCCCAAAUAGGUGCUGCGGUCAAACCUGUCUUAAGCGGCCAACGUUUGGGAAUGGUUAGCUUACUGACCUCUUAACACAGGUUUGACAAACUUAAUUUAGAGUUAUUCAAGAAAAUGAAGGUAGUUAAAGAGCGAGAUGUCUACGCCACGACAAAUGGAACUCCACCUGUUUCUAGCUGUUCUUGGGCCAAUGAAAAAAAGUUAAAGACCACUUGACGCCAUACACAGUGCGACUUGUUGCACUAGUUUGGUACGUCUUCCCAAAGUGACCUUUUAACAGUCAAAUCGGUUCAAACCUGAAUAAAGCGGACCUCUAUUAAACGGUCACUUACCAAAGUCCUGGAAAUCAUUUCCCUUAAUUACUGUAAAACUGACCUGUAUUAAGCGGUCGUGCUCACCUUUUCCGAGGUCCCAACGACUUAUUUUUUGUUAUCUUUACCUCCAUUAAACGUUCACUUUGGGAAUACGUACCAUACUAGUGCAACAGGUCGCACUGUGUAUGGCGUCAAGCGGUCUUUAACUUUUUUCUUUUGGCCCACGAAGGGGUACUAGAAACAGAUGAAGGUCAAUUUGUCGUGGGAUAGAUAUUUCGCUCUUUACCUUCAUUUUAUUGAAUAAAUCUCAAGUUUGUCAGACCUGUAUUAAAAAAACGGUCAACCUGUAUUGAGCAGUCCGUGAGCCAUUCCCAAAGGGUGACCGCUUAAUACAGGUUCCCCGUUUAAUACAGGUCAGUUUUACAGUAAUUAAGGGGAUUUCCGGGACUUUGGUAAGUGACCAGCUUAAUGUUUGACUGUACAUAUAAACUAUGAAUAUCGAUGACACAACAUAAACAAAACUGAAAACUUUGUUUAGGGUGGUAUGUACGUAUUUCAGUUGUUUGACGCUUAUUCUGGUGCUGGAACAGUCCUGUUGUUGGUGGUCCUUGGUGAAUGUUUGGCAAUUGGAUGGCUUUAUGGUAAGGAACAUACUCGCAAAGAUGCAUAACAUUUUGUAAUUAGUACCCCCGCCCCCGCCCCCGCAAAAGCCGUUGUAAAUUACUUGCUGCAGGAGAAGUUAUGUCGUUGGGGGAGGCAAGCUGAACAAAUAGGAAUCUGCUAAUCAGAAUCCUCGAAUCUUAUGAGUAUACAAGUAUCCCUGUUAUUUUUCAUGUGCAAGUCAUUAUUGUUAUUGCAAAAUAUCCACUGUGGGAUCAGUAUGAAGUUUGUUGAGCAACCUUGUGCUUUCUAAGAGGGUCUCAAUGGGGUUAACCGAUAGGCGUAAAACGGCCAAAAAUUUAGCCGAUAGCCGUAAAAAUUAAAAAAUUUUAACCGUUAGCCGUAAAUAGCGUAAAAAAGAGUUAACCGUAAAAGUGUUCCCUAGAUUUGCUACUUUUAAGGAAGGUACUAAACUCAUUUUUAUUUCCCGGCUAGUGUGACUCCGUACGCACGUUAGGCGAAGCGCCUUUUAGGUGUUAACCAAGACCUAGGCUCCAUUUCCGGCGCUUUCUUGGGGAACUAAUUUUUUCCACAGCGAAAGUGUGGCUUCUUGCUGGGGAUUAAUAUUUGCAUUUAUCAGGAAGCCGUGCCCUCGAAACACUAGUGAAACAACACGCAGAGAUGUCACUGUUUGUAAAACACGUUGCCGAUAAACAACAUUUCCCUGUCUUUCUCGGACGCUACGGUAGACAUUGCCAUGCCUAGUCCCUGUUCGGCGUCUUCCCACGCAAUCUCGGUAAAGGCAUUUCAGUGGCGAACUCGCUCGGACCACGUGACCAGAAAGGCAUCAGCCGCGCGGAAUAAUGCGGCCUACUGACAAGGCAACGGCAGACAGUCGUUCCCUACAGUCCUUCGCUAUCAUUAAAAACACUGGACACGGAAAUUUUGUUAUUGGCCGUUUUCACACUAGUCCUAGAAAUGGAUCAUCCGUUUGAGACUAGACUGUGUACAGUCGCGCCCUCCCCACAGACAUCCCUUCUCCGAUUUUUUUCUGAGGGGAGGGGUGGCUGUACACAGGCUAUCUGGAACGGAUAAUCCUGUCUUCAAAAGUCAGGCGGAUUGUUCAUUCUAAAUUAAAACUAUCCUAUUGCCAAAUUAAGACGUAUCACCUAUCUGACGCGAAUCAUCAAACGGAUAACUCGUCUCACACGAAUAAUCCUUCUCUAGUGUGAAAACGGCCAUUUCUGUUAUAAUGAAUGUCGCGCCCCGGCCUUGAGUUGGGCGUUCGCGUGUCUGCUUUUGCUUUUUCACAACAAUUAUUUUUAAAUUGACUAUUGACAUUUCUAUGUGUAAAAUAAUAUCAGAAGUGCAAUACUUUAUAAAAAGUGUGAUCUAUCAAAUGUUAAAAUUUUUCAAAAGAAUAGCUUAUUUCAUCCCGAGAUGAUCCGAAGACCUUUAUUUUGAUUUAAAGAUACAAAAAAUACAGGUUAAUUAAUAUUUAACUUUUUGAAACAAAAGAAGUUAAUUUUUAACUUUUUCGUUAACCGUAAUUGAAAAAAAUUAACCGAUAGCCGUAAAAGAGCCAAAAUUUUAGCCGAUAACCGUAAAAGCCACCACCCCAUUGAGACCCUCUUCUAACUUUUGAAUGUCUAAUGUGUCUCACCAAAUCUCCAGAGCAAACCUUAAUCAGUUCUUUUUCAAAAAAUCAGCCGAAGAUCGUCAGCAGUUGUGUAAAAUGAUUUGAUGUCUUAACCUGCGUAUCAGUGAUGAGACAAUUUUUGAAAACCGUCUGAGGAUUCUUUUCAGAAUUUGCGUCUCCCAGUUAUCAACAACAACAACAACAAACAUACACUGAAGCAAAUGCAUUUGUCCUCUCGAAGAUGCGACAACCUCGUGAUAAAAAAUUCUGAUCUCGUUAUACUUAGGUAUUAGUGUUUUGCUUACUUUCGACAGGUCGUGACCGUUUCUAUAGCAACAUAGAGGCUAUGUUGGGAUUUCCGAUCAACCCAUGGUGUGGCUGGUGCUGGAAAUACCUUUCACCAAUAUUUUGUUUGGUAAGUACAUGAUGGCUUUCUCUAAGCUUUGUAUUUAACCCCCAGACCAAACUAAGGAAAGGAAAGAAGGAGGGAGUCAUGGAUGAGGGGACAAGAGACAUGCCCUCUUUACAAUAUACAUUAAGAUACGAACAGUAAGCUCGGACGUCAGCAUACAAAGGCUCCACUGGCAGCCGCCAUCAAUCCAUUUAUGAGCUUACUGUACCCACCCACCCCAUGAUGUGAAUGAUGUGUAACGGUUGGCCACGCCACCGGGAUCUACGUCCCCUAUUCUUUUCGAGCAGUGGUUCAAACAAAGAAGCAACCAAAACGACAACAACCAAAAAUUCGGAAAGCCUGUGGCUUUACUGAUGAUAAACACUUGAUUCCUAAGAUUUCUGCCACGUGACUGUUUCACUUGUACUGACAGUAACUUUGGUGUUUUGUCAAUUUUAUCUCGUAAAUAAAAUAAAAUAAUUAGCGUACAUUUUAGUAAUAAGUUGUGAACAAUCACCUCAGUGAUCCGUGGGUAAACAAAUUACAAUUUACAAUUUUUUUUUUACAAUUCACGUCGAUCAAAACUAUUUAACCGAAUAACAACGUCAACAUGAAAAAGGUUCCCUCCGUCCCAAAAAAGCCGUCGCUUCUAAACUGCGACUGCGUCCUCGAUGCUCGAAACCUGAAGGUGAACCAGUGAAUAUCCCGAGUUUGAGUAGCCAAUCACAGCGCGCGAAAAACACUAUCCACUAUUUUAGAAGCUUAAAGCAUUACUUAAUCUCCGGAUUGAUUAGUGUUUACACUUCGUGGUUGGUGUUUUGGAGUGAAUUUCUCUGGCAUCUCAAGUCGAGAAAUCUAAGUAUAAUUUUGCUAUUCUUUGCUAGGCUGUAUUUGUUUUCUACAUUUCUACUUAUCAGCCACUCAAGUAUCGAGAAUACGUUUAUCCUGCCUGGGGACAGGCGAUUGGCUGGCUGAUGACCCUGUCGUCACUAUCCUUAAUUCCAACGGUGAUGAUAUACAAACUGAUGAACACUACUGGAUCAAUCCAAGAGGUAAAUAUUUGUCUUUUAAUAUAGCAAUGAAAGCUUAACUGGCUAAGACCCCAUAAUUUAUCAGGGUUUAAAAAUGACAGAAGCAGUAAUAAAGGUAAAGCGUGCUUGCUCCUUAGAUGUUUGUAAGAGUUUCUUGACGUUUAAAGUUUUAUUUGGAUCAGAUAAUUGUUAGGUCCCUCUCUUUUUCCCUCGGUAGAAUCUAUCGUGCAAAGGUUAGAGGAGAAUGAGCAAAUGACAAAUACAAAUAAAUCAAAUAAUCGUAGCAAGGUUGAGAUUUCUAAUUAGUUGUAGGAGAACCCGUUGGUUAUUUACCAGUCUGGUCGAGGAUUUUUUGAUUUUUUGAAUUUUGAUUCUCACGAUGACACUGACCAAAUCGUCGUUGUUAGAAGGUAUUGUAAUUCCCUUUUUAUCUGAAAGUUAUAAAUUCACUCAUAGCAUCACAACUUAUAAAUACUUGUUUUAAAGAAAAUUUUUUUGUUGUAUUUUGCUUGAAUUGCAGCGCCUGCGAGAACUGACGAUACCCGUUUUGUUCCAUCGCGAAGAAGACAAUGAGACUUCACACCUUAUUAGCCAAGAAAGCAAGGCCUAAUGGCUAAGAAUAUUUUACUUUAAAUGGAGUCCCCGGCUUAUUCACUCAGGAAGCAAGUGAUAAAAGGAUAGAAUAAAAGGCUUCUGGAACCAAAAAAGCAACUGAUAAGUUAACUAAACAGGUUGUAGACCAAAAAAGGAAAUUGAUUAAUAACACGCAUGCGCAGGCCAUUUAUUACAACGCCGAUCGGCGCUGCAGUAGGUAUGUCUCCAGUGCCCUUGUGAAUGAACUCUUAAGAUUUGAUAUUGGGAAGCAAAUUUGACCGUUUUUGAGGUUAAGAGGCGGUAGAGCUUUCAACUAUCUCCCAGGCCCUGUACGCUUUUGUUUUGAACUAUGGACCUCCAGUUAAUCUCGCAUAAAAACGUUAGGAACUUGAUAGUCUUUUCACAGUUUCCAUUCGCUUGAGCUGGUUUAUACAUUUUUAAAAUAAUAAUACAGUCGAACCUUCAUGUGCGAUCACCUCUUGUAAGCGACCACCUCCCAUAAGCGACCGCCAAUCCAAAACACCAAAAUUAUCCUAGUCAAUGCCUUACAGUAGGAGCUUCUCGUAGACGAGCAUCUCCUGUAAAGAACCACUACCGCUUUUUGGGCCUGACAGUCGAUGAUUUUCCAUUGCUUUAAACCCCUUGUCAGCGACCACUUGACGCCUUCUCUGAUCUCUAUGUUUGCACCAUGCUACUUAAAAUAUAUGAAGAACUUUAGUGACAACAUGGAACUACACAUAUCGUAACGACAUUGCAUGGAAUAAACUACUUCAAUAAAGUAGAUGUGCCUGGACCUCUUAUCGGAAGAGGCCCUCUGUGAUUAUUCUUGUUUCAUUGAACUUACAUAGCUUUUUACCAUGGCUAUAUCUAAUAAAUCAGGGUUAAAGUCAGGAAGCUUAAAGUAUUCUGACAUAUUCAUCAAAUGAGAGUGGAAGAAGAAAAGAAAGAAAAAGGGAAGGGAAGGCCAGGCUGCCCCGCUACAGUCUUAAUGGCUAUCUAGAAUUUUUUUUUUUAUCGACAGAAAAAAACGAUGAGAAGCAACGACUUUAACACAGAAACUAAAAUAAUAACUAUAAUCUAAUUAACACUAGACGACUAUAAAUAGCUCUGAAGACCUCGUGCAGAACCCGUGUUUCGUAGAUCACAGAGAGUCCAAAGGUUCGAGAUUGAAACACUCUGCCGAUUUGGGGCUAUAUUGAUUUUAUAACAUUUUUUUUAAACCUCUUUUCGUCUUAGAACAUGUCAGAAGGCUUUACUAUACUCAAAACAAUUUAUACUUGCUUUCCUCAAAACGAAAAGCAGGAAUCUACCGCGAAUUGAACGUCAUAAUCGUCAUAAUCAUAAUGUGUAAAACAUAACGUCAUCGUUACAGGAUUUUGCGUGCUGCAGAUUGAUUUGAUUUGGAUUGUUGUACUCUCAGUGCUUCCUGAUUUGCUGUUUUUCGUGUAAAAAAUAUUGAAGCACUAACCCGCUGUUUAAAGACCAUGACCGACAGCCCAUAUCACCGGCUUCGCGGGAGAAUAACAUAACUGGAUCAUCCAUUCACAUCCGGACAGGAUAUCAACGCAUGAACAACUGAAAAACCUUAUCACUUUACUCCCCGAAAAAGGAAACACAGUCAAAGCAGAGGAGUAAGAUUUGACCUUAAUUCGGCACUGUUUUAGUGGUGCAGCUUUGUCUGCACAAAUAAACGUGAUCUGAAUCGUAAAAUUUUGCGAACCUGUUACUUGUCAGAUACAACUUAAAUCAAUAGAGACAAUAUACACUCCGAUCAAAUGAAAAACGAAUUUCAUUUUCUUUUUUACUCCUCUCAGUCACGAAUAAGGGUUAAUUUUCAUUGUAUGUUGUAAUUUUGGACCCAAACAUAAACCAAUUAUCUGUUGACAAGUUGAUUCGCAUUCCAGGCCUGUUUUAAACGAUUUCUUCCCGAGAUAAUUAUUUGACCUGCGGCUAGAGGCAAACGGUUUCCUCCUUUCGAUUAUAUCCAAAUCUGUAUCAAGGAGCAGUUUGUAGCCACCGUAAUGUUCAUCUAUAUUUCUUCUAUUGAGUACAAAAGACCGAUGCUCGUAUACAGAAGACAGCAAUGUCCAUCAUCUGCCCCGGUGUUAGCUAUCAUGAGGCCCUUGUUAUUCUGAACUUUAACGAAUUAGCAACCCACCAUGACGAAAUAUGAGUCACUUUUUCACACAAGUGCAGAUGACAACAAUCACCGCCUUUACAAGCCAUUACCUGCGCCUCACGAAUCUACCUAUUCAUUAAGGCUGGCGCGACCUUUUAACAUGCCACGUUUUAAAACCGAGCUUUUUUUUUAGAAUAGUUUUAUUAUCUUUUCAUGUCUUAAAGUAACUUAUUGGUUAGAGUUUUUGAAUUUCGUAUUUAACCUUUUUAGCAUCUCAUCUCUUGUUAGCUUUUUUAUUCCUUUCAAUUAAGACAGAUUAGUUAAUGUUUUUGAUCUAUAAUUUAAUUUUUGUAACGUAAAUACGCAAUUCAGUUUUCGAACUGCUAUGUAUUUACGAAUUAAUAAACUUCAAACUACAAACUUCAAACUUCAAACAACCGACAACUAAGGGUACACGAACAAAAGGUGGUCUGCCUGUGGUUCCAAGGAAAAGAAUGGGAGAAGAAUCUUGUUCCUCAGUUCAACCUUAUCCUCAAAGUCUUCUCAAAAUUUAUAUACUAGAAAAAACCUGACCACGAGGAUGGUUCCACAUCAUUUAUUGUAAGACGAUGGGAUAUUGGAAUCUUUGGAGCCCGUUUAAUCGUAUCAAGAUGCAUUUCGUUCUGUGUCCAACCUCUCCCGGGUUGUCACUGUUGAAAGACCUCAAAAAGUACGCUGGCUAGAAUCCGUGUACCGCGCCCUUUUUAAGGUCUUCCGGUUCAAGUGAAAUAUUGAAAGAGGUAUUUUAAAACAAGUUGUUAAGGAUUUCUGUACCAUGGAUUGCUCUAAAGGUGUAUUCAACGUAUAGCUUUCGCGUUUGCCCACUGGAAUAUAUAUAUAUAUUUUUCAUCAGAAACUGCUUUCAUAUUCGAACUUCUUGAUAUCAGCACCGAUCAUAUUUUACGACAGAACAGAUAAUAAGGUUGGUCACAUGAAAAAACUAAUCUUGCAUGACGAAUCAACAUGGAUUUUACCGUGAGGAACGUAGGUCCUAAUCAAACUAUGUUAAUGAGUUAUGGUUAUCUGUAUAUCAGUAAGCGUACUUCUGAGGCGUGUUAACCGGAGCGAAAGGUUUUUACAAAUACGCGGGGGUAUUUGUUGAACGCACAACAAACUAGACACUUCUGGACCCUGUGGUAAAUCCUUUUCACUACUCAGUGGUUAGUGACCAUCUCAUUGCUGUUAAUUUGACGGAGAAGUCACCGGUAUGUAACAAAUUAGUAUAAGCACAUGGCACGCUGUAGGAUUGUAUUAUCUUUAGACCGGCAAAUCCAGCAUUUUGAGACUAAGCUUUAAUUUGGUCGCGUUUGAUGUCGACAGAAAACUUGUCCCACAAACUGACUUCCGUCCGAAUUACUUAGCAUUAAUGCGUUCAACGGGCUAGGCAAAAUUGCCAAAAUGGGAAGAAACAGCUGAAAGCGAGUUAACUUACAACUUGUUUUAAUGUUGAUUCGAAGUCUUGGAGCCAAUAUCUUUCAACAGAUCUUAAGAUUACAAUUUACCGGCCUCGGUCAGUUCACCAAAGAAGUUAAUAUUUAAAAUACUUGGGAUGACCGUACUAUUUUAAAACCAGUCGGCCUUCAAAGAUAUUGAUCUCGUGUUUGGCAAAACUCGCACGUUUGUUUAGUGUUUGUAAUGUAUGUACUGGAGGAUGCAAAAACAUGAUAAAUUACUUGCACCGGCGAAUUCAGUUACAAGCAGAUGAAACCUCUACCGAUUUGUGAAGCUGCCGAUUCAUUACUGAUCUUCUUAAAACGAAAGACACUAAAACACUAAACAUGGUCACUGUUGUUAUCAACUUCAUAAUUCAGUUUGUUACGUCUCGAUUUAAAGGUCAUUGUUGAAAUAUUAGGCCUGUCUUUAUUAAAAGUUCAGAGCUCGUCAACUGAAAAGAGAAAUGCUUUAAGAUGAUGUAUUAUUAUGUACUAAAUAUCAUCUACGCGACUUUCUGUCACUAGAAUUAACGUAUUCAUUCUUGUCAAGCCGUUAAGUCUAAUUUUGGACUAAAUGUUCGCAAGGUAAAGCAACGUGCAUCUGCAGCCGGUAUCAAAACUUAAAUACUGACAGAACUGCGUGCAUAAUUCAGUAUUAAUGAAUUGCACUGAGUGAAAUUGAUCGAUAAUAUUCGUACAUUUGGUGCUUUGGAAUGCAUUCGCAUUUUGAAUGUAUUCAAAUUUUAUUCAUUGCCUGCGGUACAAUUUGGCCCAGACACAAAACUUUCAGGAGCCAAAUGUUCCGGCUUAGGGAAAUGCAAAGGUUGGCGGUCGAUUUUGCAUUUCCGACCAUCCUUUUUCUUUAGAAAUGUCUCAAAAGUUUGGCCUCAGACGUUUGCCCAUUAGAGUCGACUGCUUAAGCUUCUUUCAGUGCAGAGAGGGACUAAUCAUGCCCCAAACAAUUUAAAAAAGGAGCGGUAAAGUCAAAAUGCCUUUGUUUAAAUAAACCGGGUCUAUUGUGUUCAUUCAUUCACGUUAAGUAGUAGACUCGAUAUUGAAUCUUCAAAGGCGCAUAAUGUUAACCAUAAGUAUAGAUUGGCAAACAAAAACCCAUCGAUAUAGACGCUUUUGCGGCUUGACUUUUUUCAAGGAAAAUAAAAACUUAUCGGGCAUAGGGUAAGUCAAUAGUUAACAUUUUUUUUGCUCUGUACAAUGUUAUCUUGGAAAUAUGUGUAUAAUUUUGCUGCUUUUUAUUGCAUGAUGUUGUGUUAAAUUACUUCUCCGUAUAAAAGACAGUGACCUGGAAUACAAGAUGGGCGUUGAAAUCAAGGAGCGAGAGACUUGGUCGUCAAAGUUGGAUUUCCUUCUCGCUUUGAUGGGUUUUUCCAUUGGCCUUGGUAACAUAUGGAGGUUUCCUUAUCUGUGUUUUAAAAAUGGUGGAG